AUGAAUUAAUCAAAUCUCUUGUACCAACAACACAAUUUUUCUCCAAUACAGGAAUUGUAAGCCAUCAAUGAAUUGGAAUAUGAACAAGAGUACUUGAAUACUGGUUUAAAAGGAACAUUUAAUAGUCCUAACUUUGUGAUCAAGUCGCAACUAGACACUAGAAGGACGAAUGAGGUUGAUUAGACUCCUAAAUAGGCCUUACUCCCAGAAUGGACAAAAAGAGCAUAGCGUACUGGUGUUAGUUUGAUGGCAUUCUUCUUCGUGAAACGGUUUGUGUAGAAAAUCCGAAGUCAUCGAUAAAAAUUGCAAAAUAUAAACGAGAGCCAUCUUUAGCUGAUUGAUGAUCAGGGAUCUGAUAAUUAGGUUAUGCUCACUUAAAUGAAGUUUGCUAGUCCUGUUUUUUAAAUUCGUAAUGUCUCCCGACUUUUUCGGUAACACACAUUGGUGAAACCUGAGAAUCCCGUAUAUGUAUCUAUAAAAGAGAAAUACCAAAUGAUGAGGAAAUACGCAUACGAGAGAUUUUCAAAGAUUCCUCAGUUCCAUCCUGAGAGUCCCAAAAAAUUGAUGUGGGACUACUUCAUAACACUAAUUAGAUUGAUCCUAUUGGUGUUAAUACCACUUGAGAUUACUUAUAAUCCUGGCAUUUUAUUUCAUUAGAUUUUGCCACUCACUACUUUACUCGCCUCUUUAUUACUUUUUGACGUGUUGAUAAGAUUAAAUACUAUCUGCUAUGUAAAAGGGCAUGCUGUUUUGGAUCGCUUUGAAAUCGUUCGGCAAUAGAUAUUCAGCGUGUUAUUUAUAGAUGUGUUAACUCUGACACCAUUAUUUUAUUAUUGCAUAAAAAAUGGAGAAGAGAUCUCAAAAUAUUAUCUAAUUAUUUUGCUUACAUCUUUGAUGCAAUUCAAAUAUAUCAGUGAAGUCAUACAAAAGAGCGAAGAAUCACAAUACUUCAGUAAAUCCCAAAAAGGAAUCAUCAGUCUAUUGAAAUUGAUUUUAACCCUCAUGUACAUUUUACAUAUGUUUUCAUGCAUCUGGUACUUUAACUCCAAUUUGAGCAUUGAGGAUUCCUGGAUUUAAUAUAAGUUUUUGGAUCAGUAACCAUGGUAAGCACAAUACUUAGAAGCAUUCUAUUUUGCUAUUGUCACUAUGUUGACCAUUGGGUAUGGAGACAAUGUGCCUAAGAGUUCGAAUGAGAAGAUAGUAGCAAUCUUUUUCAUUAUGGGGGCUUGCUUAUGGUUUAGUUAUAGUGUCAAUACGAUUGGCAUAAUAAUCAAAGAAAUCAAUCAAAACAUGGUUGAGAGGAUUAAGAAAAUAAGAGUCAUCAAUCGAUACAUGCAUAAACGAAACAUUCCCUAUGGACUCUAGUACAGAAUUCGAGAGUAUCUUAAUUUCAGGUGGAAAGAAGAGGCAGAAAUAGAUCUACAAUAGGAGGAAUAAUUAUUAGGCGAAUUAUCAGAAGAAUUGAAGUAGGAGUUAAGGCAAUAAUCAAAUAGUGUAUUUUUUAGUCAUUGCUCCUUUUUAUCCAGUAAUUUUAGCCUAGAAUUUUAGAAUGCUCUAUCUUGUCACAUUGCUCGAACUAUCAUACAACCUUAAAACACAUUCUCCAUCUUUACACUAGGCAAUUACAAGCAGCCACAUCUCUGCUUUGUCGAGUAAGGUCAAUUACAAUACCUCAAUCGACAUCGUCAUUCACUCAAAGGAAUCUAAUGUUAGGGAUAAUUCCUUUAAGUUUAGGAUUUCGUCACUGAAAAUGAGAACACUCAAAGCUACUAAGCCAUUGGUUACGUUAGUCUGCUGACUCUUAGUAAAAUUGAUUUUCUUGCAGUUCUGAACAAUUUCCCCAAAGACUAUCAACAUUAUUGUCAACUCAAGGACAGUAUCAAAUUGAGUAUCCUAAAAAAAUAGCUACCUUAUGGUGUCUAUUGUGCAGCCUGUAAACAACAUGACCAUGAUCUCAUUGGAUGUCCAUAACUCAAAAUUACCAUUGAUCGAGAAGUUGUCGUCAAAAGACACCUAUACUCUAAACCAUAAGAAAGAAAUGAAUGGAAAAGAUCUCAAAAAAGAACCAAGGAUUUAUUCUAGACCCUAACUGAUUUGGAUAUUAUCGAAUAAUUUACACUCUACUUCCAAAAUGAAAAACAAAAAUUAAUCAAAUCGCAACUGCAAUAAUAAUUAGUGUUUGAAUAGGAAUCUGAUGAAAAUCCUAUGAAAUCAGAUGAAAAUAUCUCUGCUCCUCCAACUCAUGACCCUAAUCAAUAGAUUCUUAUGAGAAAACAAGACUCCAUCCUAUUAUCCCAAAACUUUUCAUCCUCCAACAACUUUCCACCCCAACCUAUCAGUCCAAUACACAGUAUGAUACAUUCCCAAAAUCAUCGGCGAAAAUAAGGCAUCAUGGAUUCUUAAAGCUCCUACGAUAAUAAUCAUUCAGUCAAGAGAGGACAAAAUCAUUAUGACUUCGAUCUUAAACCUCCUCCUUUUAAUAAAUAUACUACUGCUAAAUUAUCUAUGUAUAAGAAGAACUACUUGAGCAAAUACCAAUAACAGUAGCCCUAAUAAUCUUAGCUGGACAUUGAACUAAACUAAUUAACAGAUUUUAAUGAGAUGAUGCAAUUGUAAAUUGAGCAACUCUAUCUAAAAAUGAGGAAAUCUGCUAUUAAUGAGUAGCUAGAGAAUUUCAACUCCAUUUUAGAUAUAGAAAUGCUCUACCUCAAAUUUAAAUCAGAGUAGGGGUUAGAUUAAUUUGAAAUCGUUAAAAAUUACGAUCUCUAUAUGGUUAGUCACAAUAUCAAUAAGGUUUUGUAGGAACUACGAAACAGACCCAUUCAUCAUUUCAAUUACAUGAAUAAGCUGAUCUAUUAUAUGUACUUUCCAUUUGAGUACGUUAUGAAGUUUUUAAAAAUCCAAUAGAGAGAACGUUCACUUAAAACAAGUAGAAACCUUGGUCGCAAACCUGGACUGUCAAUAUCAAAAAUUGUUGAACUUAAAAAUGUAUUUCAAAGAAAACGUUUUACUCCUCGCAGAAGUAUUAAGAUUAGUUAAGUAAAUCCUGAUUCUGAAGCAUGA